AUGGACAACAAUGAUGCAGCAGAUGCAACUUCUCAAAAACCUGUUACUUCUCUCCACCCAGCCUACUCGGUCACGAAUAUACAAACCAAAAUUCGGACCCUCGACGGCACCAAGGUGACUUAUUCAUCUUGGACUAAACUCUUCAAACUCCAUGCCGUGGCCUAUAAGGUCCUUGAUCAUCUUGACAACACCCCUCCUCCCCCUGAAAAAUCAUCCGAUUAUGCUUCAUGGAAGGAAAUUGAUGCUCUUGUGUUGCAGUGGAUUUAUAGCACGAUAUCGGAUGAUCUCCUGGUCAAGAUUGAGAAGAUUUUUUUGAGUAAUAAGAAAGCAAGAGCUGCUGCCCUGGAAACAAAAUUUGUUAAUCUCACUCUCUCGGCCUGCUCGUCUUUAGACGACUAUUGUCAGCAACUAAAGGAUCUCGCUAAUCAGGUUGGAGAUGUUGAUCAACCCGUGACCGAGUCACGACUCGUGUUACAAUUGGAGGCCGACUGGGAUCUCGCUCGUUCUAUGUUAAAUGAUGAGGUCAUACGGCAGGCUGCCCGCCAAAACCCUCAGUCCGUUCUCGUCGCCCCUACAGCCUCAAAUCAGCAACCCGCUCAAUCCAAUCCGCCGCCAUCUUCUCAUCCUUCCCACAACCCUAACCCGUCACCUCAAGGUUACCAACGAGGCCGGGGUCGUGGUCGCGGACAAGGCUACUGA